UAUUGUUAUGAGCUUAUUUGACAGUGCUGGAAACUGAACUGAGUUCGGCAGGAAGAGCAGGCAGUGCUCUGAUUUUGUGCAGACAAAAUGGAAAACAACUACUCCAUUCCAGUGAGUGGAUCAGAAGUGGUGGUCAAUGAUUCUACCAUCUCCAGAGUUCUGUGGAUCCUCACAAUGGUGGUUCUCUCCAUCACAUUUGUCCUUGGUGUUCUGGGUAAUGGACUAGUGAUCUGGGUAGCUGGAUUCCGGAUGACACACACUGUCACCACCACCUGUUAUCUGAAUCUAGCUUUGGCUGACUUCUUUUUCACAGCGACUCUACCAUUUUUCAUCAUCUCAACUGCUAUGAAAGGAAAAUGGCCUUUUGGCUGGUUCCUGUGUAAAUUACUUUAUAUUGUUGCAGAUGUCAAUGCAAUUGGAAGUAUCUCUCUGAUUACUUUAAUUGCCUUGGACCGCUGUAUUUGUGUCGUGCAUCCAGUCUGGGCUCAGAACCACCGCACUGUGAGCCUGGCUAGGAAGGUGGUUAUUGGACCCUGGAUUUUUGCUCUGAUUCUCAGUUUGCACAUUUUUAUUUUCAUAAGUACAUAUACAGUUCCUGGAGGGGAUGUGUACUGUGUAUACUACAUUCCAUCCUGGGGUAACACUGAUGAGGAAAUGUUGAACACAACUUUCAUUUUUACAACUGCUCUAGGGAUCAUCAAGUUCAUUAUUAUCUUCAUAAUACCCAUGUCCAUUAUUUCCAUCUGCUAUGGACUCAUUGCUGUCAAGAUCCAGAGAAGAACCCUUGUUAAUUCUAGCCAUGCCACACGAGUCCUAAAGGCAGUUGUGGCUUCCUUCUUUAUCUGUUGGUUUCCCUUUCAACUGGUUGGCCUUUUAAGCCUAGUGUGGUUUAAAGAGAGACUGUUAAAUGAUGAGUAUAAAAUUAUUGACAUGUUGAUUAUGCCAACCAACUCAUUGGCCUUCUUCAAUAGUUGCCUCAAUCCAAUACUCUAUGUUUUCAUGGGCCAGGACUUCCGAAAGAGACUGAUUCAUUCCCUGCCUUCCAGUUUGGAGAGAGCUCUGAGGGAGGACUCUGGCCAAACCAGUAAUACUGGCACCAAUUCUGCUUUAACUUCUACAAACAUUGAGAUGAUGCCAAAAUGAAGAUAGGGAUGACAGAUAGGGAUGACAGAUGCUUUUUUUCCCACCUCAGUUGCACUCCAAUUUUGUCUUAGCUUAUGUUGUGAAAAUAGAUUAUUUACAACCUGAAAAAUAAUCUUCUUUGUCGUCUGAAUCUGGGAAAAGAAAUAAAGGUCAAUAU